UCGGAGCCCGCUCAGGUCGCCGUGAGGACUGGAGGGCGCUGGAGCUCGCCAUGGAUAAACAAGAUGAACUUUUAAAGGAGGCUGAGAAAUUGGCAAAACAUAUGUCAUCAUACCAACAUGAUCUGGCUCCAACAAUCACCAGUAAUACAGUGUAUUCUAUAGAUGCCAAAGAAGAACUCUUGGAUGAAUGUGAGGAGAUAUGGAGGCAGAUGGAAAAGUAUUUCAAUCCCAAACUAACAGGCCUUGGGGUUUUUCACCUUCCUCUGCAGCGUGGGGCACAGCUUUCAUUGUUAAUGGUGCGAGUGAAGGCUUUAACAGCAGAGUAUAAUCAGUGGCAGAAACGAAGUCCUGAGAUAAUUUCCACCAAUCCAGAUGUUCUGGUAGCAUUAGGAAAGGAAGAGUUGCAGAAAGUAGACCAUGAUCUUGAAAUGGUGCUGUCUACAGUUCAGUCAAAGAAUAAAAAGCUGAAGGAAGACAUGAAAAGAGAACAGCAGUGGCUGGAUGAGCAGCAGCAAUUGGUAGAUGCUCUUGAUGUAACACAUGAAGAAAUGAAAAAUCAAGUGGUACAAUUUUCUGAAAAAAGAACGUUACAAGAACUGAAAAGUAAAAUGCUGAAAAUAAGGGCAUAUAAGGAAGAGCUCUUGAGUGCUCUGGGGGAGUUCCUAGAAGAACAUUUUCCUCUCCCGGAAGAAGAUGAAAGUGCUAAAAAGAAGAAAAAAAGUCCAGCUGAAGAACCAACUGUACAACUGGUAACGUUACAUGAAAUUUUAGAGCGUCUUAUAAACAAAUUAAUGAGUACACCACAUGAACCAUAUUUGACAAUCAAUGACUCGUUCUGGCCACCUUAUGUUGAACUGCUGCUGAGGUAUGGAAUUGCACUGAGACAUCCAGAGGAUCCAAACAGAAUACGCUUAGAAGCCUUUCAUCAGUAAAGACACCUUUGUGACUAUUUAAAAAACAGAAAUGUGUUGAACCAAUACUCAUACUUUAAAAAUAUAUUUGUGUGUGUGUGUAUAUAUAUAUAUAUAUUCUUUGUGAUAUUUUAUCAUAAGUCUUUGGGUGUUAAUCUUUUCUGCUUGGACAAUUUUUUUUGACAAACCAUACCUGUUUUAAGUGCAGUUACUUACAAAGCUUGUGAAAUGAAAAAACUUUCUUUUAACUUCAAAUUGUGAUGGCCAUUCAUCCCAUUAGUUGUUGUCUUUAUGAUAGGUGUUACAGUACUGUGAAAUUAGGUAGUGCUUGUAUUCUGGAAAAUUUUCAGACUGCUUAGAUAAGACUCAAAUUCAAUUGCAGACAAAAUUAUUAAAGUUGAUUGGUUUUUGUUGAUUAAUUAAAAAAUAAUGCUUUGCAUAUGG